AUGGCCACGACCAGCUCGCCAUCAUCGGCCGAUGUCAUCCAACUGCUCUCACUGGAACCUCAUCCUGAAGGCGGCUUCUAUCGCGAAACCAUGCGCGAUGAAAGCUCGACAGGCCCCAACGGCCGAGGGCUGAGCACAACAAUUUAUUUCCUCCUAGACUCCCACAGCGUCUCGCACCUGCACCGCAUGGACGCAGCGGAGAGUUGGCACUUCUACGCCGGCCAGCCGCUGAACAUUGUCGAGCUCGGCGACGACGGGCCCAAGGUCACACGGCUGGGGCCGGGCCUGAUGCAAGGCGAAAGGCCGCAGCACUUCGUUGCCGCCAACACGUGGUUUGGCAGUCGGCUCGCUGAGGGCGAUGGAUGGGCCUUGGUCGGCUGCACUGUCGCCCCGGCCUUCCUUUUCGACCAUUUCGAGCUGGGGCAGCGGCCAGCAUUGCUGCAACAAUACCCCAAAUGCAAGCAGUGGAUUCAGGCAUUGACAACGGAGGAAUGA